CCUGCUUGUUUAGUUGCCUACUCUCGAGCAUAUUUACUAGAAAAUGAAACUGAAAGAGUGCAAAGGGCGUUUCAUUUAGGAAUAUGGCUUCGAACUAUCGAGAUGAUUCAGAUGAAGGCAGCAGUCAGCAAUCUAGUGAGAGUUGCUCAGAUUUCAGUGACAGUGACACCGAUUCCCCCUCUGACACCGAAGCAGCUGCACAAACAUCUGGCACUGAAGCAGCUACACAAACAUCUGGCACUGAAGCAGCUACACAAACAUCUGGCAAGCGUAACGUUUGUAUGCAUUACAACCGUGGUAACUGCCGUUUCGGGGACAAGUGUAGGAAGGAGCACAUAUGCAGUUACUUUUUGAAGGGUUCGUGCAAGUAUGGUGCCGGGUGUCAUCUCAACCACAACCUUCCGAGUUCAUCGUCUGGACACAGCAGACGAGCUAGCGGAGCCUCGACUGCAGAAGCUGAUGAAGAAUUUGACGGGCCCUACAGAUGGCAGUUGAAUUUUGGAAAGGGCUGGGAGAACAUUACCCAUGAUCACAUUCUAGAAGCCCAGUAUUCCCUCCCCGACACCAAAGGAAUCACGAUCUAUAACACCCAUGCCGGGGUCAUUUCGAUUGAUUUCACUAAAAUGAAAGUUCUUAAAAAAAAGAAUAUUACAGUGCGACGUAUGAGCUCAAAGGAUACAAAGUGGUUGUGGUAUUACAAAGGUAACCACUGCUGGUACCAGUAUGGAGGGAAGGGCAAAACCAGUCCAAUUGAGAGCUCAGAACUGGAGACGGCGUAUCAAAACAACCAACGUGGUUCAGUUAAGUUGACCAUUGACUCUGCCCAGUAUGAGAUUAGCUUCAAAGGAAUGUGUCAGAUAAAUGUAUCUACAGGCCAUAAGAGGCGAGUUAGACGCCGCCCUAAAUAUGAAGCAUCACAAAGUGGAGGAUUACAAGGAAUAACUUCCCAUAUCAAGAACCUAUUGAAUCCUCCAACAAAUAAAGCUCCAGUGUGGCAGUUUAAAGGGAGAAAUCAGUGGUACACCUUCAGCAACACGAGUGGUUGUUCAGUCUCAAGUGCUGACAUUGAGAGGUGUUACCAACAGAGGCAAGCGACCAUGGAUUUCACUGUGAAUCAUGACCCUUACACUCUGGAUUUUACAAAUUUGAGACAAGUUAACCAGAACACUAAGGCCGAACGCAAGAUCAGGCGUGCGUAAAAGGCGGCUGAAUGUCUUGCAACGGAUGUUGGCAAAUACUCAAGAUCAAACAGCAAAUACGAGUCGAAUCAUGUUGUUAUUUAGUAAUUAUGACUGAAUGAAAUGAAUGUUUGUGAUUGGGAGUUAGGAUGUUUUAACAGGAAUCACUUUUUUGUUUGGUAAACUGCCUGUGGGAAAUUUGAACUGGUUAAUUCAGUCAUUUUGAUUUAUUUUAUGUAAAUAUGAAUUAUUUGAA